AUGAGUGAGAAAGACGAGGACAGGGCUGCCGAGGGCGGUGUCGGAAACGGUUCAGCCAGCAGCUCGUCCCCCGAAAGCCAAAAGCGCCUGUCAGGAAGAUCAAGACGCAAGCCCCUGCCCGGCAUUUCCACGCAACGAGCCCCGAGCUUCUCCAGCCGCGCCACCGGAACGCCUCUUGCGAGCGGGAUCGGCCGGCGAAGCAUGGCUGUCGAUUCUCCGUUUGGCCGGGUUCCCCUAACGGCGGCCAGAGGCACGCCGAGCCACAUGUUCAUGUUCGGCGGCUACAGCGGGCUCGAGGAGAUGCGGGAGGCGCUGAAGCGGCAGGAGAAUAUCAUUGACAGGAUGGUUGUCGCCAAAAAGGAGGUCGCUGCCGAGGCCGAAGACGCCAGGAAGGCCCGCAUCGAGGCUGAGCUCAGGGCAGAGGAACUAGAGCGACGGGUGGAAAGCCUGACGAAGCAGCUCAGCAUCAGCAAAGCUGAGGGGACGACUGCCCCUAGCGGACCAGUCAGCGAGCAGCUGACGCCCACGCAGCGGGAGAAGGCUCUGCGGGAGCAACUCGUGGAGGCAGACACAAAGAUCUCGAGCCUCGAGGCCAUGGUGUUGGAGUUGAAUCAAUCAGCCUUCCGCGCAGAGAAGUUUCUCAGAGAGACCGAGAGCAGGCUGGCAGUGGUUGAGGAACAGCACGAACGUGACAGGGAAUCCUGGAGAUCAAUGUCGUACAGAAAGGGGUCUUACGCCGAUGAAACCCAAACGUACACAGGAAAGGGGAAAGGUGGUUCGAGCGGUAGCGAGUCAUCCACAAAAUCCGACUCCACGGAACAAGCAAGCGACUCAGGAGAUGAGAGCAGGAAGAGGCCGCCUCCUUCGACGACUGAUGCGUCGUCCAAUUGCCCCAUCUAUGACGAAGAGGAUGUGACGGGUGAAGUACACCUGGAGACCUCCGGUUCGGAGGACGACUACCCAGACGACAAGAUGAUGCGCAGCCAUGCACACGUCGGCUUGAACGAAUCAGUCACUAUGCCUCGAGCUGACUGGGAAGCCAUGCUGCACGAAUACUCGACGUUGCAGAAUAUGAAGGAGGUCUUUCAAUUUGGCGCAGCAGCACAAGAUUCACUUCGUGCGGCUGCUGAUGCCGGCCGAGAGAGUGAGUUUCUCGAGAUAAGUGAUCUCGAGGCCAUCUUGGAGGAGAACUUCGAACCGUGGGCACAGGAGGAAAGUGAACAGGAACCGGAGCCCGACGACUCACAAUCUGAACUUGUUAAAAUCGAGAGGGAAAAGUCGACUCUCAGCAAGCAGCUGGCAAGCGCUGGGUCAAUGAUCAAGGAAAUGAAGCGCAGCUCGAACAAGCAUACAGUCAAUGCAGACGCCACCAACAAGCAGUUUCAACAUCUCGACCAGGCCCUCAAAGAAAAACAUCAAAGGCAAGCAGCCCUCAGCAGAGCAUAUAAAGAAAACUCGGACAAAGAACAUGUCGACAAGUUACGCGAAUCGUUGGCUUCCAGCGCCAAAAAAUACAGGCAAGCUUUAACAAGACUACCUGACGUACCUGGCCGAGGACUGGUUCAGGAGCACGACAUGUGCCAGGAGGAGGCAUCUGCACUGGAGCAACGACUGGGCAAGCUCAUGACGCAAGUGGCCGAAAAGUCACAGGAAACGGGGGCCCAACUCACCAAGCUCACCUCCGAGGCGAACGAGCUUGAGAUUGCGCUUUUCCAGGCCGAAGAUCGAUACGCCGUGGUACAAGAACCGCUCCGACAACGGCUUCAGCAAAUCAAGCGUGAGCUCGAAGAAGCACAAGAAGCCGUUGCCGCGGCAAUCCAAGACCUCUAUCAUGAGACGCAUAAAUUGCAUGGACGCAAGAACGAAAGGGGUCAUGAUGAGGAGAAGGACAGAGAGGAGGUACUCGAACAGCCACAUGUCAGGAAGCUUGUCAAGAGGAUAAAAAGCCUUGAACAUGAGUUACGACAGGCCAAGAGGAACCAUGGUGAACUGGAAGUUCGUGUUGGAAGGCUUGAGGCGUGGCGAAAGACGACUGCCACAAGGCUUCAUGCCACAACAGGGGAUCUGAAAGAUGUCAAGCAGGGACAGGACGGCGUGCAGGAGAACUUGGAGGGCGCGCCUGAGGGGCCCAAGACAAGCGAGCCGCGGCCGUGGCGGCUCUUGUCAGGCGUGGAAUCGAGCCUUCGCAGCAACGUCUCGGCCUGGAGGCGUCUGCUGAGUUUUGUGUGGGCAGGCUUCCUCUAUCUCGGGACCUUGAUGCAUGACUUGGUUUUGGGGACGAAUCAGCGAGUGGCGGCAUGGUCCAAGAAGAUAUCCCGGACGAAGCUGACGCAGAGGGGACGACCAUCUCGGUGGCCGCAGCUUCAAGCAAGCGAUGUGGUCACUGUGUUGUUCCAUGUAGCUGUAUGGGCCAUCAUUCUCAAAGCAAUUUUGACAUGGUGGGCGCUGAAGGAGCAGCAGGACAUGUGGUUCAGAGCAAACGGCAUGACGAGGGCGUACUACCACGACAUGACCGGAUGCGAUCCCAUCAUGGUAGAUGAGCGAUUCUUCAGCGACGGGUUCCGCAUGGUCAACCAAGGGCUCGCAGCUAUCCCACGAUGGCUGUUGCUGGUGUUUGACGUUGCAAGACGGGGUUUGGAGGCGUGUCUCGGCGUGAGGAGAAUAUCGGCGUAA